CGCAUGCGCGGGCGGCGGUGGCCUUAAGGGCGGCGGCAGCGCCGGGUGUCUCAGUCGGCCAGUCAGCCGGCUGGGAGGCGCGGUCCGGCGCUCGCGCGGCGACGACGGCUAUGGCGGCGGAGGAGGAGGAGGUGGGCUCGGCGGACACCUGCGAGAGGUCAGGAUGGCUAACUGGUUGGCUUCCCACCUGGUGCCCUACAUCUACAUCACACCUUAAAGAAGCUGAAGAGAAAAUUUUAAAAUGUGUCCCCUGCACAUACAAGAAAGAACCCGUUUGUAUAUCGAAUGGGAAUAAGAUAUGGACGCUGAAGUUCUCUCACAAUAUUUCAAACAAGACUCCGCUUGUCCUCCUCCAUGGUUUUGGAGGAGGUCUUGGACUCUGGGCACUGAAUUAUGGAGAUCUUUGCAACGAUAGACCCAUCUAUGCCUUUGACCUGUUGGGCUUUGGACGAAGUAGCAGGCCCAGGUUUGACAGUGAUGCGGAAGAAGUGGAGAAUCAGUUUGUGGAAUCCAUUGAAGAGUGGAGAUGUGCCCUGGGAUUGGACAAAAUGAUCUUGCUUGGACACAACCUGGGUGGGUUCUUGGCUGCUGCUUACUCUCUGAAGUACCCCUCAAGGGUUAAUCAUCUCAUCUUAGUGGAGCCUUGGGGUUUUCCUGAGCGGCCGGACCUUGCCGAUCAAGACAGGCCAAUCCCAGUGUGGAUCAGAGCCUUGGGAGCAGCACUGACUCCCUUUAACCCUUUGGCUGGCCUCAGGAUUGCAGGCCCCUUUGGCUUAAGUCUCGUGCAGCGUUUAAGGCCUGACUUCAAGCGGAAGUAUUCUUCAAUGUUUGACGACGACACUGUGACAGAGUACAUCUACCACUGCAACGUGCAGACUCCAAGGCCAUUCUCGGGGCGGGGCAUUAUGUGUAUGCAGAUCAACCGGAAGACUUCAACCAGAAGGUCAAGGAGAUCUGUGAGACCGUCGACUGAGCCUACUGGCGGGGAUGUGGGGCAGCCUGCGUGCGGACCGAUACGGCGCCUCCGCGAUAGUGCACAGUCCACCCUGCAGAGUAAGGACUACAGGAAAAGACCAAGCGGUCUUGUCGACUGUCCUUCGCACACACUUGCUUUCUGAAGUUGCCUGCACAUCUAACUCAGUUAGUGCCUUCUAGAAGAAUGGCUUUCCUUUCUCCUACACCAAAUCAAACUAUUCAAGAGUCUCCAAAUCUAAUAGCUUUAAUAAAAGGUUAUCUGUCCCUCUGCUGUACUGAACGAUUGUCACUUUUCAACUGAAAUAUUACUACUUUCUGUCUAACUUUGUUGUGUCCAGUACUUUUUAUAUUUCAGUCUAUUUUGCCAAUUAAACAAGUGACUACUGGGUCUAUAACUUUAUAUACUGGAGAGGUGCACUUUAUUUUCUUGGCUUGUAUUUACCAUGUCUAAUGACUGAUCUAGGUCAUCGCGAUUUUGUGUAAAAAUUCAUCACUUGUUCAGAAUCCUCCACUUUGUCUUUGAAAUGGAGCGCUGAUGAAACGGCAUUUUGGUUUAAAAAGAUGGGAGUUGAUCACCAGCAUUAAUUUCUGUGCUUUUCCUCUGUUCUCUAUUGAAGGCUGCAAAGCCAUGGUCAACAUUUUAAAUGUGGCUCAUCCUGAUGUAUCUCAACAACAUAAUUCCUUGAAAUCUUUUAUAUCUGGUAUAAUUGUGUACUUACAGGGAAACACGACAUUAACACUUACGCGAUUUAAGGACUGCACAGCCCUGACUAGAAGUCUGUCCUUUCUUGCCCCGUUAACACUCUUUUCUAUGAGCCAGCUGCAGCAGAAGGAACAGACUUCCUUCUGAGGGGAUGUUAAGACUGUUACCUUCCAGUAAGCCGUCGUGUAUUGUCAUUAAGCUCUAACUCUUGUAGAUGGGUGCUGAAACGGGAUUACGUUUUAACCACUGAACUAGACAAAUAGGUGGUGCUCUUAUGUCUCAAGGCACCAGAAGGCAGAUGGCACUAGGUGGUUGGGGUUCUUUGGUUUUCAUUUGCGAGGUUUGUGUUGAUGAAAUGAUACACAUACUUGAAGUUAUAUUAUGAAAACUGUAUAAGGUUGAUGGAACUCUUUGACCAUAACUGCCAUCAAGUAUAACACUUUGUUGCUGUUUUAAAACGAGGAAAACUUUGAAACUGUGAAAAUUACCAUGUGGUAACUGGCUGCUGAGAAGACGCUCCAAAAGAGGAAGUUGAACAGGAUUGUGAGCCACAAGGCAUCUUUGCCUUACGUUCCAGUAACAUUGCUUGUCUGGGAGAAAGGUGGUUAUAUAAAUAAAAACGGUGAACUAGAGCAAAGAAAGGUUUAAUGGUUUUGACUGUUACCUUUUUUAGAUGGUUAAUUAGGAAAUCUACAGUUAAGAAACGUAAGGUUGUAUCAUGUUGAUUAACUGCCAGAAAGACCGAAUGUUCUGUUUUCAACCAUACCUUCCCUACUAAGGAAAAGGCAAAUUGUACUGAAGCACAACAGAUAGUUCCCAGCGAACAGUUCGUCUCACUUGGCACCUAAACUGGGUUACGGCCAAAGGUAACACGAGAGCCCAGGCACGCUGCCCGAGUUCUCUGUCUGACGAACAAAAGUAGUCCGUACUUUGCAGUUAGUGUCUUUGAGGGCUAGCUCCAAAACCUUUAAGUGGUACAAGUAAUUUGGGGACUGUUUUUGCAUUUUUGACACGCUCUGCAGUCUCUCUUAAUUGGGCACAUGACAGUUUUCACUGGUACAGGAGGAUUUCUGUGAAGGAAACUUGGUCCCAACCCUUGGAGGGAAGCUACUAGUUCACUUAGUAAGUGGAGUUUCUGGCCACGACAUGCCAGGUGAUUCGGGGAAAAGAUGUACCCAGAUGUCAGGUGGAACUUAUUUUCCUGCUAACUGAUUUUGCUUUAUUUGAAAAAUAUUGUCAGCCUUCUUAAAAGUUGAAUCUUCCCUUAGGUUGUACAACGUGUAACCUUGUGAAAAUUGAGCUAGCAGAGACGGUCACGGUCCUCAAAAUUCCUGAGAAUACAGUGGGUGCUAAAUGUUUUCCUAAAAAAAUUCUAUUACGGUAUUUGAUCUUUGCUAAAUUAUGCACAGUGUACUUUAACUGGAUUUUACAGAAUAAAUUUUACUGUGAUAGUUGCACAAA